GUUUGUUCGAUCGACAAAAAAAAAAAAAAUUUCGGAGCGACAGUUGUCACAACAUUAUCCGCUAAAAUUUAAACACAUUCAAGAUGUAACCGUCGUAUUCGACGUAUACAUACCUGUACGACAUGGCCGACGACAAGAUCGACGAUAUUCUGGUGCGCCUCGACGAGAUCGAGAAGCUGCAGACGGAACUUCGGCAUCUGGUGCCGCGGGUCACGUCUUCUUCUUCGUCCAGGCACCACCAGGAUACGCUCCGCGACUCGUCCGCGUCGAUCCGCUUCCCGUCCCUCUUCACGUUUCCGAUGAUUUCGAAUUUCGCGUCGUCCCCGAAGACCACCGAGCGCGUGCAAAAGUCAACCGCGCAGAUCAAUCUCAACAAAUGGUCGACGAGCGGCAAUCGAACUUCGACGACGAACCUGACGAAAGCCGCGGGAAGAUCGUUUUCCAAAAGCGCAUUAGCCACGAGAGGAGCGAGCGUUUCCGGAGAAUCUUUGAGAGGCAACAACGUCGCGAAGUUGCGCGGAUUAUCGAGAAACUCGGCGAUUUCAAGUUCCGCGGCGAGUUCGACGGUGAGAAACGAUGACGCGAAUAAAGCGGAUAGAAAUGCGCAGAAAGCAAUUAAAAAGUACCCGAAGAAGAGCGAGGCGGCGAAGAUCACGAUCAGAAAUAAAACGCAGCUGCGUGAAAACGAGAAUUCGUUUUGCUGCUCUGUUCAGACAUCGGCCAGUCGAGUUCGCGCUGCAAAAACAACAGCGAAUUCGGCGGACGCGCGGUCAUAUCUAAGAGAUAGCUGUCGUCCCGAUCAGAGAAUUUCGACAGCUCGAGAGAAACUCGAAACCCGAACGUUCGUCGAGCGCGUCAUGGACAAGCUAAAUUACUGCUUUGUGAACAAUAAGAAGGUGACCGUUCCGUGUCAUCAUCCGGGAAGCUGGACGCCCAGAAGGGUGCAAAUGUCACCGUCGCCGAUAAUCGGAGCGACGGAUAAUUAUCCGCGAAUGAUGCGCGUGUCCUCGGCGAAGAUUUCCGUCAAUUAACGCGACAUAUUUAUUAUUAAUACUUGUACAUAUUGCAGCAUUAAAAGAAAUUUCAAACAACAUAUUUUGUUGUUUACUUUA